UUUGGUUGUACGAAGCAGAAGUUUCUGGAGAUGUUGCAGCCCUUCAGGCGAGGAAUUUCUGGAGGAAUGUUCCGACGAAGAGCCUCGACAAAGCUAACGUUUAUCAACUCACUGCUUGGACAUCCAGUACUUCAAAGUUUACACAUAAAAGUUGGAGACAAAGCUGAACUUACCAAAGCUUUUACACAGAAUGAUGUUGUUACCUUUUCCUACAUAACAGGUGACACAAAUCCUUUGCAUUUAAAUGAAGAGUUUGCAAAGAAGUCUAGGUUUGGGAGAACUGUUGUACAUGGAGUUCUGAUCAAUGGACUUAUUUCUGCAGUUCUAGGUACUAAAAUGCCUGGUCAAGGGUGUAUAUUUCUCUCCCAGGAGAUCCGGUUUCCAGCUCCUUUGUAUAUUGGUGAAGAAGUCACAGCUGCAGCAGAAGUGAAACGGCUGAAGGGUUCUAUUGCACACAUUUCAGUAUCAUGUCAGGUCAGAGAAAGUGGGAAGACUGUUAUGGAAGGGAUGGUGAAAGUCAUGGUGCCGGACAGUUAGAGCUGUUCAGCCUGUGCUACUUUACUGUAAAGGCCAGAAAUGCUUGGUUUUGAUUUUGUCUUUUUAUGUGACAUCACUCACUCCAGUAAAUGUGCAACAAAAAAUGCUUGAAAGACAGUGUACAAGCUUAAUCCUGAUAGAGCUGCAUUAAACUUAAAACUUUUCAUUUUCCUCUAUGUAUUGUCAAGGUGAAACCAGCAGAACUAUGUACUUACUGUGACAAAGAGGAAAAGUGGCUUAGACAAGCCAUUGCUCUGCCACAGUGGGAAUUCUGGAGUGGCUGAGGCUGUUCUUUCUGGCAAAAUCACAGUCCACACCAGCAAAGAUCAGUUAAAACUUGUUCCUUUUGUACAAAGCAGCUGUAUUGCCAACAAGCUCCAGGGGAGGGGGCAAUGCUGCGUUUAACAAGUAGGACAGAAGUGGAGGUGCUGACACACGUGUACUGCAGGAUGUGUUGUAAUCCGCAUGGCUCCUGUGGGUGUUUCCUCUGAAACUUGCUUCCCAGAAGCAGAGUGAAGGAGCCUUUAAAAAAAAAUAUUGUUACAACUUGUACUUACUGUGCUUGUGCUCCUGAGGGCAAGACAAUCAGGGACAUAUGAGUUGAGUACUAACUGUAUGGCUUUUCUCUGCUUGCUUGUCUGUUUGAACAUGUAUUCCUCCUUGCCCACUGAAAGCACCUUGUUAAAGUAGGCUUUUGGUAAAUUUGUUACCAGCAUAGGAUCAUUAUACACUAAGAGACUUCUUUCAGGAAUGAUCAAUGCCAUCAGGAAGAAGGCCUUCAGUUGGUGGCUUAUAAUUUUCUGGCAAAGCAUCUGUUAUCCCUUCUAUCUUCUGUGCAGCAGAAAUGCAUUUGAAACUUUCCUUGACUGCAAAUAACCUCAGAAGUUGUUUGCUGUGAAAAGAGAGUUUGUCCUCAACCCGUAAUGAAAAUUACUGGUAAAACAGUUGCACUGCCUGAGUGUGCUGCACUCUAACCCCAGGUGUUAGUCACACUGGAGCAGAGGGAGGGGUAAUGUUUAAGGUGUUUGACUCCAUGCCCUCUGUUUCCAAAGCCUGGUGUUCGGCCUGUUCACAACCUGGAAGCAGUAGUUAGGGAGAGCUUUCCUUAUCUCUUGUUUGUAGGAGCUGCUUCACUUCCCGUUUCCUUUCCUUCUGCCUCGGGUCACUGUCUGUCACUGGCUUGUGCUGUGUAAAACACUUUCCGAAAGCAGGCAUACUCCUUUCUCUGUUUCUUAUUCCUCUCCAGGUGGGAAGUUGACAUGUUAAUAUCUGUUAAAAAAAUGAAUCAAAUCUGUGCCUGACCUCCUGGAUCAUGGCACAAGGAGUAGUUUGGGGAGUCAGGAUUGCUGUUUCAGCCUGAGAUUCAGCUAAUGAACCACACCACACAGCCCAUUUUCCUCUCCACAGGGAGCUGCAAGACAGGUGUACAAAAAACUCCAUCUCUGUGGUCUUACUUACAACAUCUUAAGUGAAAGUAAUUCUUGUGUAUGGUGUAAAUAGACAAAAGGAAAUGCAGACAAGUGUCCAACUUGUGGGUUCCCAAUAGAAAGUUUUUUACACUUCUGCAAUGAAAGCCAGGUUGUGGAAUUCAAUUGAACAACUUUAAAUGUCUUCUGAAAAAAAACAAACCCAAACACUAAAAUCUAGAAAUUGAGUAGGA